AUGUUUCCCCCUUGCAGAUUUAUAAUAGAAUCAGAAGAUACUCUCGAUCUAUCUGAUGAUAAAAAUUCAGAUUCGGAUUAUGAUAAUGAAACUGAAGAUGAAGAAGAUCAAAAAGCACUUGGUAAUCAUCAAUUUAUUUUAGAAUAUAUGGAAAAGGUUGCUAGUUUUGCACGGCCAGAUCAAUCCAGCUUUCACUAUGAGAUGGCUCCGAAUCGAACAUUAUCUUAUGUAGGAGAGAAGACCACUUAUGUAUCAGUUAAUUCUAUUAAUGCUACAACUCAUUUUUACACAGUGAUGCCAAUCAUCACUGCCGUUGAUCAGCUGAUAAAUCCUGUUUUUAUUUGUCUUCAAGAACGGACUGGCCAAUUUCCAGUCACAAAAAAGAUCUUUUCAUCAUCAAAUAUAGUAACAACUUGCAGUGAAUCUGGAAAAGUAAGUACAGAUCAACAUACUUUCAAACAUUUUUUAGCUAGCAUGUAA